CGGAUCCUCGGCUGUUUGUCAACAAUGUAGGAGCGUCCGCUCCGGAAAGCGGGCGCAGUUGUUGCGACGUUUCAAAUCAGAAAUAGAUAAUUUGGGAAUUUGAACGCCGUAGUUUGUUUUGAAUCAGGGUUGGGUAACUAUUUGCGAAAAUGAACGAAAACUCGCCGCUCUCGGGAGUAAAUGUAGUGCUGGUUAUGGCCUACGGGAGCUUGGUGUUUGUGUUGUUGUUUAUCUUUGUGAAGAGGCAGAUUAUGCGGUUUGCUGUGAAGUCCCGCAGAGGACCGCAUGUCCCGGUGGGACACAACGCCCCAAAGGAACUCAAAGAGGAGAUUGAGUCUCGGCUGUCUAAAGUGAAUAACAUCCGCUAUGAGCCACGGCUGCUGUCACAGGACGAUGACCGGCUGAAGCAUCGUGGGCAGAAUGGGUCGGGGGAAGUCUGGAGCCUGUCCCAGGGAACUCGGGGCACAAGGCGCAGGACACCCUGGACAGAGUGCCAACCCAUCGCAGGGCACAAUUGCACACACCCAUUCACAUUCACACACUAUGGACUCCAAUCAGCCUACAGCACAUGUCUUUGGACUGGGGGAGGAAACCGGAGUACCCGGAGGAAACCCCAGAAGCACGGGGGGAACAUGCAGACUCCGCUCGCACAGGGUGGAGGCAUGAAUCGAACCCCCAACCCCGGAGGCUGUUAUAACUACCUGUACAGAAUGCAAGCACUGGAUGCCAUCAGAGACACUGGUGUCAUUUCUCCUGAUCUGGCCCGCAGCCCCAGCGCUCUGACCGGCCCCUGCUACAGGAAGUGGCUGCUGGACCUGCGCAACACUCACUCGCUGAUCAAAGCCAGCCACAGCAGCCUCAUCGACCGCCUGCUGGAGGGCUACGAGAAUGCUCGUCACGGCACUGCGGUCUUCGGCGAAGCUGAAUUCCUCAAAUACAAAGAAGACUUGGCCGAGCUGGCUGCCAUGGUCGUCUACAACCCUGUAACAACAGUAAUAACAAAGCAGUUCAAGAAAAAAAAAAAAAGGAGGAUAGGAUAGAGAAAACAAUGAAGAAGAAGAAGAAGAAGAAGAAGAAGAAGAUAACUGUACAGAGAGUUAAAAACACUAAAAAGCAGAGGGCGUAAUAACCAAAGAUAUUCGUUUCUUGAGCGCUGAAGGAUUCUUCUAAUUCCUAAGUUCCUCACUGAUCUGCGUCUGAUCUUCACCACCUGGGGCAAGAAAAACUGCUCAACAUUCCUCACAGUCCCUGUUUAAUGAUUAUAUUAAUAUGCACCACAUGCUGCAUGCCACAUGACAAAGAGGGAAGGUGGUGUUUCUUUCUUUAUUCCAUCAAUACAAGCAACAAUCAUGUGUUUUAUAUAAAAGUAUGCCUGUUAUAUAAUUCUAUCAAACGACCUCAUGUCACGGUAAGCAAACAGGAAGCUGCCUGAUACACAAACAAGCGAGAUGGAGUGAGAGGGAUAUGGGAUGAACAGACAGAUGAAAGAGGAGGGCAAACAGUACUGACGCAGCGAUUGAACAGACGGGUUUUCAGUAGCCGUCCGUUUUACAUAACCAAACAAGUCCGUGUUCUUCACGACUGAGCGUAUGUGACGACGUGCAUGUGGUUUUCUUCGAUUUUACUUCACGAACGGACACUGCAGCUGAUCCAGAGACAUUCUCUUACCUCCUCCCUCUUGGCCUUGAAACUAUAGUGCAAAGCUGGAGUGAGACGGGAAUCUGUGCGUGUGUGUGUGUGUGGCCUGAAGAAUUCCUAAAGCAUGACCUCAGGAAGAGGUAGUUAUUUACCUCGCUCGCUCAUGAUCUAGUCUUCUAACCCGUAUUUCGCAGACCCCAUUACACUGCUUCCAGAUGCUGACUAAGAAGCUGUCUGCAAAUGAGAGACAGCCAUCGGCCUGGUCUCAUUCUGCUGAUAAUGACUAACGGUCAUGAUCCUAAACCAAGUCUGCUUAGUUAAAAUCACUGGUACUGAUCAAAACCCUUACACUUCUGAUGUUAAUUGAAGCGUUGAUCAUUUGUGUGGUCAGCAUCUGCUUUUAUUAUUGUGCACACAUGUGUGUGUAUCUCACACCGUCCAUUAGAUGGUGCACCAUAAUGAUGCCUUGGAAAAGAUAUGGAGUUACCAUGAUCUGUAACAUCAGCAAUUGUAGGCUUAUCUGGGAUAAGUCAUGACUAAGCCGGUGUUUUGACUUCAUUCCAGAUGGCGUCGCCUGAACAUAUAUGGGCAUGUCAAGCUCUUCCACGACAUCUAAACAGAACCUCUCGGGGCACCAAUACACAACACACAAGUCCUGUUAUUACACUUCAGAUCCUUAGCAACUAGUAAACAUCUUAAGUGGCAAACUUUGACUAAACAAAGUGUUCAAAAAUCAUACUGGAGUUAAGAUCUAAAUAUUCUUCCUUACUUUUGAUUCUUUGUUUGUUUGUUUUUUUAUUUAAAUGCACGUCCUACUGUAAAAAAAAUAUCAACUGGGUAGUCUGAAAUCAAAUCAUUAAAAAAACAAACAAACACAUCUGUAUCAUUACAACGCAAUAAACAUGCAAUAAAUGUCUCACACAGCACCUUUAGCCUGGUUUGCGUGCAAGUCAUGUACGCUGUUCAAACACUCCCUUUGUGCAACUGUUUGUAAAAGUCCACUCACAUUAAUCUCGCUUCUCUUUAUAAGGUAUCUGGUGAAGGCACAAUGUUGCUUAGUGAUUGAGGAAUGUGGGAAUAAACCAAAUGUACAGGUUACUUAUUAGCCAGGAAACACUCUUUCCUGAUCUGAGAGACAAGGUGAAAAUGUCCCGGGUUAAUGGUUAUGCGUGCAAAUGUUUGACUUGUAAUCGAAAGUUUGCAACAAAAAAAAGUUUUGGUUUAUUU